AUGGCUUCUCCCAGCUCCGUCUUGCUCCUCAUUGACAGAGGUUCUGCGCCCUUAGAGUCCAUUGCGCCGGCCACAUUCGCGACACGACAGCGCAAGACCACGCGAGAUGCUUCUCUGCUUGCUGAGGCCCAGUAUCCCCCGCCCAUCUCCAACUCCACCGUAAUACAAUCGCCCAACAAUCCGAACAUCACCAUUUCCUACAAGUCGCCAGACCCAGGCACGUGCAAGACCGUCUUCGACACACAGAAGCAGUACACCGGCUACAUCAGCCUUCCGCCCUUGACUUUGGCCCCGAUACAGCAGAACUACUCCAUCAACACCUUUUUCUGGUUCAUAGAAGCACGGCAACAGCCGGAAACAGCGCCGCUCACCAUCUGGCUCAAUGGCGGACCCGGCAGCUCGUCGCUCAUCGGCCUCUUCCAGGAGAACGGGCCGUGCGAGGUGGUGCAGUUGCCGGAUGGGUCGUACGGUACACAAGCAAGAACGUGGGGAUGGGACCGCAGCUCCAAUAUCCUCUUUGUGGACCAGCCGGCCCAGGUGGGCCUCUCGUACGACAGCCUGGAGAAUGUUACGUAUAAUCUCCUGGCCGACAGAUUCAUUCCGGAGGGCGGCUUCAUACCGUCGAAUGUACCUCUGUACGCGCUUCUGAACGGGACCUUCGCCAGUUUCGAGCCCGAUGCUACGGCCAACACUACACAGAUAGCUGCGCACGCCAUCUGGCAUUUCCUGCAAGGCUUUCUGGCCGCAUUCCCGCAGUACAACCCAGGUACGAGGCCAAACAGCACGACGACGCUGCCCACAGGCAUAAACCUCUUCGCCGAAAGCUACGGUGGCAUGUACGGCCCCGUGUUCGCUGACCUCUUUGAGCUGAAGAACGCCCAGCGUCUCUCCGGCAUACUUCCCCGCAACAGCACGCUCGAGAUUCGACUCACCUCUCUCGGCAUCAUCAACGGCUGCAUAGACACCCUCGUCCAAGCCCCUUCCUUCCCUCAGUUCGCUUACAACAACACGUACGGUAUCCAAGCCAUCUCCCAGACCCAGAUGCUAAACACCCUCUCCGAGUUCAACUCCCCCGGCGGAUGUCGCGAGCUCAUCCUCUCCUGCCGUCGACAAUUCAGCGCGCUGGAUCCCGAGGGUGAGGGCGAUGUUGAGACUGUCAACGCGGCCUGCUUCAACGCGACGAAUGAGUGUAAUCGGCUGCAGUUUCAGUACUACAUGUCAGCCGGACGAGACGUCUAUGACAUCCGCCAGAGGUCGCCGAGCCCGUUUCCGCCGCUGGGCUAUCUAGAGUAUCUGAAUGAGGCGGGCGUGCAGCAGGCUGUCGGGGCGAGGGUUAAUUUUACGCAGAGCAGUAAUGUCGUGUUUAAUGAGUUUACGCAGACCGGCGACGUAACCACCGGCACCCAACUGCGCGCCCUAACCCGCCUCCUCGCCUCAAACAUCCGCAUCUCCCUCAUCUACGGCGACAGCGACUACGUCUGCAACUGGCUCGGCGGCGAAGCCCUCUCGCUGGCCCUAUCCACCCACCCCUCGCUGACCAACACCUUCUACCCGACCUCCUUCCCCGGGGCCGGCUACGCGCCCCUGAUCAUCAACAGCUCCUACAUCGGCGGCGCAGUGCGGCAAUACGGAAACCUCAGUUUCGUCAGGGUGUACGACGCGGGCCAUCUCGUGCCGGCCUACCAGCCGGAGACGGCGUUCACGGUGUUUGCGAGGGUGGUGCUGGGGAGCGACGUCGCGACGGGGGAGAGCGUCGACCUCGACACCUUCGCGACCGAGGGACCGCUCUUCUCCACCCAUCGCAAUCCCGACGAUGAGCCGCCACACGACCCCUCCCCGACGUGCUGGGUCCGCGCCAUCCCGGGCACGUGCACAGACGAGCAGCGGCGCGGCAUCGAGGCUGGGGAGGGCGUCGUCAGGGCGGGCGUGUGGUAUGCGGAUGAGAGGGAGGUCAGUAGUGCGAGUAGUAGUGCGAGCAGGGCGAGUGCGGUGCGGAGUAGUACGAGUAGUGUGCAGGUUACGGGGGUUUAUGUCGCUACUGCUACGCCGAGUCAGACGGGUGGGGUGGGGAGGGUGGCAGGAGGAGGUGUUGGGCUCGUGGGGCUUGUGGGGGCUGUAGUGGGGGGGCUGGUGGGCUUGUAG